GGACGAACUGGAAGAAUCCAUGCUGCGGCUGCUGUCCCGGGCGUGGUCUGGGAUUCUUAGCUAAGCUGUGGUUGGGGUGCUGUUGGGGGCGGUUCUUCCGCGCGGAGCGGCCCGACCUCGCCUAGGGCGGCAGCACCCUCUGCGGCCCAACCGCAGGACCCCGGGCGCCGCCAUCUUAACCAGGACGGAAGCCGCGCUGGGACCUGCAGCGCGCGCGUGCGCAGCACAUCGCAACCGGGAAGCGGGCGCCGGGCGCCCUGAGUCCCGCGCGCUCAACGCUGUCCUGCCACGACCGGCCGGGCCUCACGAUGGCGAAGGAGCCCGCGCUAGCCGCCUCCGCGCCUCCUGGUUCUCAGGCCCUUCUGGACGUUCUGCUCCAGAACCUCUACGACUUUGGAGAGACGGAAGAUGAAGCAGAGCAGAAAAGGAUCAGAAAGAAAAGAGAGAAGAAAAGAGAUAUGGGGACCCCAGCGGCCUUGGUUGCAGAGCCAGAUCGCCAACCUGGCUCUCUUGUCAGAGGCCAGAGGAAGAGUGCUUCCAGCUUCUUCCAGGAACUCCAGGAAGAGCUGCAGGGUGUUCCCGCCGUGACCCCUGGUGGUUUCCCUUCAGGACCUGUAGUCUCGAGUGCUGCAGUAGCCCCCUCUCCCCUGAGGAACGACAGGGAACCAGUAGAAGUGGUGGAAUUUCACAGCAAAAGUGGAAAAAGAAAACAGAAGCCCGAUCAAGACGAGAACACAAAGACCAAAACUAGUAUCCUCGAGAAAGAUGUGGAUGUACAAGAAUUUAACCUAGAAAAGGCUCGUUUGGAAGUGCACCGGUUUGGGAUCACAGGUUAUGGAAAAGGAAAGGAGAGAGUCCUGGAGCAGGGACGCGCCAUUAUGCUGGGCGCUAAGCCUCCCAAAAAUAGUUAUGUGAAUUACAAGGUUUUGCAGGAGCAAAUCAAAGAAAAAAAGUCAGCAAAGGAAAAAGAAAAGAGAACGGCCCAGGACACAGAUAUUUUCAAGAAAAAGAAGAGGAAAGGACAGGAAGACAGGAAAUCCAAGAAGAAGAAAUCGGCUCCCAGUAUUUUGUCAAGUGGACGGAUUGGACAGGUUGGAAAAUUCAAAAAUGGGACACUGAUUCUGAGCCAAGUUGAUAUCAGAAAAAUAAAUUCUUCCAGAGUGGCUAAAUGAAGUACUUUAUAAAACAAAGAGAGAAAUGGGAAAGUGCCAGUGUACUGAAACUGGACCCCUAUAAGACUUCCAGAUUAUUCUUAUUUAUUUCAUAUUUCAUAGACUGCUCUUUUUUAUUUUAAGGAACAAAAUCAAAUUGAAAUAAUAAAAUUUCUAUCUGCUGAAGUGUC